AUGAAGACAUGGGUGAGAGAGGCGACGAAGCGUACGCAUCAACCGUAUUGUGGACCGACACUAGAGUAUCGAGUGGAUACAUUACUUCUUGAUUCUGCUUUGCAAUCAACAUUUAUGCAGCUAGAUUGUGACGAAGAGACGAAAGCAUUUCUUCAUACGUGUACAGGAGGAAGUCUAUGGGACUCAUUGGGUUCUACACUACUUGGACUCUUUUACUCCCUAACCGACGCGAAUGGAAUUCUCGGACGUGGUCAAAUGUUUGUGCUUUCACAUGCUCAAGUCCAGCAGCUUCUUUCUCGCAAGCAAGCUGUGGCAGGAGGCGGUGGAUCAUUGCUUGACAUUGGAGCUGGAGACGGACACGUGACCGCGUCGCUGGCCUCGCUUGUGGACGAAGUGACGACGACUGAGGCUUCCGCUCCCAUGGUGGCUCACCUGAACAAACGAGGCUACAACAGCGUACAAACCUGCGACUUGCAGCAUGAAUUUGUCCAGUCACGGAAGCCUUACAACAUCAUCAGCAUGCUUAACGUAUUGGAUCGUGCCGACAAGCCGCUUACAAUGCUCCAUGAAAUUCGUGAGAUGCUAAAUCCAGAGAAUGGUCUCUUUCUGCUAGCAGUGGUGCUGCCGUUCUCGGCUUUUGUGGAGGUCGGCACACAGCGCAUUGCACCCACUGAGAAGUUGCCAAUGCAGGGUGGACUUUGCGCACAAGGCGCAUCCUUUGAGCAAAAGAAUAUGAUACAAACAGGACGAAAAGAAGACGUAGAAAGUGAAAUCUUGUUAGGUGAAGAAGAAGACAUUGUUCAAACAAUGACGACGGAUCCUGCGACAGAACAAGAAGAACUCUUUCAUCCAGCUCUUGGCAAGUUUGUAAACGUUGUUCAUUCUGGAGCAGUAAAGAAACGUGUACGAUUUGAUCUAGCAGAGAUUGUGGAAUUUGAACCAACAAUGUGGACAGCAACGGUCUCGUCUGAAGGUGUACCGCUUGGUAUGUCUAUUGAUGUCCGACGUCGAAUCAAGCGGCCAUUGGAGAUAUACGAGAUUGAGCGUGUCAUGCAGCGCAUAGAUCGUCAAGAGUACAUGGAGUUGGGAUACCUUGAAGCAGAAGAACGAUUGGAUAUUCUAGAGAAUGCGGGUCACUCUAUUUCUAUGAUUAGUCAUGUUGAACGUGAUACACUUCGAAUUAAUCGGGAACGAUGGGAAUCGAAUGAGUACGAUCUCAUGUAUCAAUAUGGACUGGGUGAAGUACCGUUGAUAGAAGAUAGUGGUCUGGAGAUGAUGCAACAGCUAGACGGUGACGAUAUUAUGCAUGACAUGGACGCGUACGAUGCCAUUAAUAUGCGAACUUAUGAUGAUUUGAGCAUUGACUAUGCCUCGGACUGCAUUUUGGGCGACGAUGAAAGCUCGGACGAGAACAACGAGCUUCCUUACGCCAUUGACUCGUUUGAUUCUCCUCAUAGCUGCGACUUUUUGGAGAUGAGGACAUUGCCAUCCGAUAUGUCAGAAUCUUCCGGCCACAUGCUUGCUGCUGCAAUAGCCACAAGCUGUGCUCAAUCCGUCUCCAGUAAGCAAUUGUUGGAGACAAAUGGUGUCUGGAAUCUGAUUGAUCAUGGAAAGAGUGCUGUAUUUAAGGACAUGCAGGUAUGGGACGCUAUGGGUGACGGAUUCAUUCGCUUUGAUGCGAAAAAGGUGAAAAAUGACGUAUUGGGCUACGUAGUAGAGCACUCUGUACUGGUGCGUGCGUUACACGACCGUAUGAACCAGUUGACUACUGCCUCGAAUGACAGCUUUACUCCACUCAAGCUCUAUUGUCCAGCCAAGGUCAAGCACUUUCAACGCCCUACUUCGGUCUGUGGUAUCUCGGAGAUUGGUCUAGAGGAUGGACAGCGCAUGAAGGCUGAUUUAGUGGUCGCUGCCGAUGGUGGUAACUCCAUUAUUCGUACGCUCUCAGCUCUUGGAACUUGGGGAUGGGACUAUGACCAGCAGGCUAUCGUAGCCACUGUCAAAACUGAUCGCGUUAACGAGACUGCGUGGCAGCGCUUUUACCCUACCGGCCCUAUAGCUCUCUUGCCCAUGCGUGACGGAUACUCGUCUGUUGUUUGGUCAUGCUCGGCUGAAAUGGCCAAGGAGCUUACGACGCUCAGCCCCGAUGAAUUUGUAGCACGUUUGAACGAUGCCUACUCUGCUCCGCCGACGACUCCUGUACCGCCUGAGUUUCCUGGUAUUCCAGUGCUGUCGGACUUGGUAAAAGGCGUGCAUCACGCUGCAAGUACGAUCAUGUCGGCAGCGGCUCUGUCAGAUCCGUUUGUCGCUCCGCCCAAGAUUGUAGCGACGGUAGGUCACCGCUUCGCCUUCCCGCUCAAGUUGAAGCAUGCGACCAAGUACAUUAAGCCAGGCCUUGCUCUCGUGGGUGACUCCGCGCACACGAUCCACCCGCUUGCUGGUCAGGGUCUGAAUCUUGGUCUAGGUGACGUACAGGCUCUGAGCAAUCUCCUUGUGGAGGGUGUCAAGAGUGGUGAAAAUUUCUCGAGCGAGUACUUUUUGCAGCAGUACGAGGACGAACGUAUGAAGGCCAACAUCACCAUGCAGUUGGCUAUGGACGGUUUCAAGCGAAUGUUUGGCCCCACUCCCGAUGCAUUGUCAGUGGCACGCAACAUUGGCAUGGGCACUCUCAAUGCUGCAGAGCCGCUCAAGAACCAAAUUAUGAAGUACGCAAUGGGUUUGUAA